AUGGCUUCUGAUCUCCCAAAAACCGAGGAUGUUGAGAUGAAGGAAGAAGUUAACGAUCAUGAAGAAAUGGAAGCUGAUCAAGCAGAAGCGGCAUCUCCUGAAGUCAUGGAACAGGACGAUGAAGAGUUCAAGCCUGAGACGGAAGAAGAAACUAAACAUGAACCGAUCCGCAACGAAUUUGGUAAGUUAGAUAAGUUGUUUUAGUUUAUUUGCUUUUAGAGGACAUGGACUCCUUCAAGAGAUUCGAACAGUUACUGAAAAAGACGGAGAACUUCUCUAAAAAAUUGAGCACUGGUGAUGCGUUGCUGUCUAGUAAGUUGAUUUGCCGUUUUUUAAAGUUUUUUAAAGUAUAUAUGGAAUUUGUUUUUUGGAAGUAAGAAUGAAAUUUUAGGUAAUGCUAACAAGAAAAAGAGGGGAAGACCAUCAGCAGUCAGUGAUCGACGACACGCAAAGACAGAAGAGGAGGAAGAUAAUGAGCUGUUAGCACAAGAAGGAGCUCUAGAAGAUCUGAUUCUGUUUGACAAAUCUCCUGCUUACAUUAAGAACGGCGAGCUUCGGGAUUAUCAAGUUCGAGGAUUAAAUUGGAUGAUUCAACUUAACUAUAACAGGUUUAAUGGUAUCUUGGCAGAUGAAAUGGUAUGUUAGAUUUUCUGUGUUUUGUGUAAUUUUUAGGUAUAAGUUUUUAUUAAGGAUGUCUAAGCUUAAUUGUUCUUUAGGGUUUGGGAAAAACGCUGCAAACUAUAUCACUAUUGGGCUACAUGAAGCAUUACAAAAAUCACAAUGGGCAUUUCUUAGUCAUCGUGCCGAAGAGUACACUACAGAACUGGCAGAACGAGUUCAACAAGUGGUGUCCAUCGAUUAAGACAAUCGUUUUGAUUGGUGAUGCCGAAACCAGAGCAAAGCCACUGGAACAAAUAAAGAAUAGAGACUUCGAGGCCGUUAUCACAUCUUAUGAAAUGGUUCUGAAGUGCUUGUCGGACCUGAAGAAGAUAGUUUGGUACUACAUGGUUAUCGAUGAAGCCCACAGAAUUAAGAACGAGCAUUCGAAGUUAGCAGAGUCGGUCAGAGUUCUGAAGACGAAAAACAGACUACUUCUUACGGGAACACCUCUUCAGAACAACUUGCACGAGUUGUGGUCUCUGCUGAACUUCCUUUUGCCAGAUAUCUUUAACAGCGCUGAAGACUUCGACUCUUGGUUCCACAACGACAGUGUACUUGGUAGCGAGGACAUUAUUAAAAGGUUACACAGAGUCUUGCAACCAUUUUUGUUGAGGAGAAUCAAGGCUGACGUAGAGAAGUCGUUGUUACCUAAAAAGGAAGUCAAGGUGUUCAUUGGGUUGAGCAAGCUUCAAAAGGAAUGGUACGUUCAAACUUUUGAAAACUUAUAAAGAACAUUUAUUAGUUUUGUAAAAACUUGUAUAGGUUAUAUAGUGAGAUAGAUAUGUACCUUUAAGAAUAAUGUUUAGGUAUACCAAAGUUCUGAUGAAAGAUAUCGAUAUUGUAAACACUCACGGAAAGGUGGAGAAAAAGCGGUUGAUGAACAUUCUCAUGCAUCUCCGAAAGUGUUGUAACCAUCCUUAUCUCUUUGAUGGAGCCGAACCUGGACCACCUUUCACUACAGAUCAACAUUUGGUGGAGGCAUCGGGGAAGAUGGUACUCCUCGACAAACUUCUUUCUAAACUACAACAACAAGGCUCUCGAGUGCUGAUCUUCUCUCAAAUGAGCAGAAUGUUGGACAUCCUAGAGGAUUACUGUAUGUGGAGAAACCACAAGUACUGUAGACUGGAUGGUAGCACAGCUCACGAGCUUAGACAUCAACAAAUCGACGAGUACAACAAGGAGGGCAGCGACAAAUUCAUCUUCAUGUUGACGACAAGAGCUGGUGGACUUGGCAUCAACUUGACUUCGGCCGAUGUCGUCAUUAUCUACGAUUCCGAUUGGAAUCCUCAAAUGGACCUCCAGGCUAUGGUAAGUUUUGUGUAUAGUCAUGUUCGUAAAAAAGGCUGAGAUUUAACUUUUAAUUCCAUUUUAUGUUACACUUUUCGAUUUCAGGACAGAGCUCAUCGUAUCGGCCAGAAGAAGCAGGUCCGAGUGUUCAGAUUGAUCACCGAGAACACUUGUGAAGAAAGAAUCAUCGAAAGAGCGGAGAGAAAGUUGCGUUUGGACUCCGUAGUCAUACAACAAGGACGUUUGGCCGAAGCCCAGAAGACGCUCGGAGCUGACGAGAUGUUGUCCAUGGUGCGACACGGUGCCAACCAGAUCUUUCAGUCGAAGGAUUCUACUAUUACUGAUGAAGAUAUCGAAGUCAUUCUGUCUAAGGCUGAAGACAAAACAAAGGAGCUGAACGACCAGUUGGACAAACUGGGAGAGUCCAACUUGAGGGAGUUCAAGAGUAUCUACGAUUUUGAUGGGGAGAACUUCAAAGGAAAGAGUAUAAGACAGACACCUGUGUUCAUUGAACCACCAAAGCGAGAACGCAAGACUAACUACAAUAUAGAACAUUGUUUUAAGUAAGUUUUCCAAUUUCAUUUUAACUUUUAGAUUAAUCUUUUAAUACAAAGUAUUUAUUACGUAUAAUUGCGUUAGUAAUUUUAGCAUUCUUUAGUAAAUACUUAUUUUAGGGAACAAACAAAACAAGAAACAGUUGGGGCAAAACAGAAAGCUCCUCGUCCAAAGAAUCUACCUCAAAUCUACGACUUCCAAUUCCAUCCUAAGCGUUUGUACGAGCUGAUUGACAACGAAGUGUACUACUUCAGAAAGGUCAGUGGAUACGAACCAACUGCUCCAGAAGGACUAUCAGGCAAAGAUGUAGAAAAGUACCUGAAGGAGGAGAAGAAGAAGAUGGAUAAGGUCGUGGAGCCAACAAAUGAGAUGUUAGAGGAGCGAGAGAACUUGUAUAACAAAGCCGUCUUCGACUGGAGUCGCAAGGAGUUCUCAGUCUUCCAGAAGAGCUGCGAAAAGUACGGUAGAAAGGACUAUGCCGCGAUAGCCAAGGAGAUCGGGACAAAGACUGAGGACGAGGUCCAGAAGUAUUCGGAAGUGUUCUGGAAAAGGUACAAGGAAAUCAAGGAUUGGGACAGAAUCGUUUCGAGUAUUGUUAAAGGAGAAGAGAAGCUAAGAAGGAAGGAUGACAUCAAACGUGCUCUCAAGAGGCAGAUCGAGAGCUGCAAGGAUCCCUUGGUCGAGUUGACCAUCAAUGCUCAGAAGAACAAAAGCUUUGUUUCGGAAGAGGACAGGUCAGUGUUAAUGUUAUUUUUUCUGUAAUCAGUGCAUUAUAUGUCUGUUUAACUAUUUAUUAAUCAUCUAACAUAUGUGAAUGUUCUCAAUAUGUGUAACCAUUUUUAUCGUUUUUGCAGGUUUUUGUUGGUCAAACUUAACGAAUUUGGCUACGACUCCCCAGAUAUCCACGAGCAGAUAAGGAAAGCCAUCAGAGAUGCUCCCCAGUUCAAAUUCAACUGGUUCUUCAGAUCAAGGACGGCAGCCGAGAUUGGUAAACGUUUGAGCUCGCUGAUCCCCUCCAUCACAACAGAAGAGGACGACGAACAAGAAGAAAAAGCGAGGAAGAGAAUGCACGGUACUCCAGUCGUAAAGGGGAAGAAGAAGAAGGUUUAA